GUUCGGGUAUUACUUCGAGUAGGUAGAAGGUAGGUUUCGCUAGAUCGAGGUGGCUCAUGGCAGCAAAAACUCUGCGGAGAGAUUUCAUCCGAUUUCCAAGAAGUGAUGAGGGAAUCGGGCACGCCACCUCCCCGGGACCUUCCGUUGCGCGUGGGAUAGCAUGGAUUGCCACAGCGGGACUAGCGGCCUCUUUCAUCGAGCGGCGUCUCUUGCCGGACAAUGACCCUCACUCCAACUUGUCUCCCCUCACCAGAUCGAGUCCCUACCACCACCACCGCCUAUCUAUCUAAUCUUCAGACUUUGGAGCAAGCGGUCUGUCUGUACUCUCCAUUACUCUAUUUCGCUUCUUAAGAUCUGUAUCUUCAUUUUGUACCCCUUGAAUUUGUGGCUCCUUCUCGCCCGCCACCUCUCCCUUUCCGUCGCUCACCAUGGUGGAACGCAUCUUGAUGAACGAGUACAAGUCGUUGUCGCAGGAGCCAUGGGUUAAUAUCGAGAUCGAUGAACAGAACAUUCUCAACUGGAACGUGGGUCUGAUCGUCCUCAACCCAGACUCGCUCUAUUAUGGCGGAUACUUCAAGGCCUCGAUGAAGUUCCCGAGCAACUACCCUUAUUCUCCUCCAGAAUUCCGGUUUCUCCGUCCCCUCUAUCAUCCGAACAUCUACAAAGACGGCAAACUGUGCAUCUCCAUCCUCCACGCACCCGGGGAGGAUGAAAUGUCAGGCGAACUAGCCUCGGAGCGGUGGUCGCCAGCUCAGCGAGUCGAAUCCGUCCUCAUAUCCAUCCUCUCGCUGCUCGACGACGCAGAGAUCUCCUCGCCCGCCAACGUGGACGCCUCCGUGAUGCUCCGCAAGAACCCCGAGCACUACAAAUCGAUCGUCCGUCAGCACGUGGAAGAUUCGAAGAAGGACAUCCCCGAGGGAUUUGUCAUGCCCACCCACCACACAACCUCGACGGCUAGAGCCAUCGAGAAGGACGACUCCGACUUCUGGGCGGAGAGCGAUGUCGACGAUGACGUGUUCGGGGGCAGCGACUCCGACGAAGAUCUGGAUGUGGAUGACGAGGAUCAGGAGACAGGCAGUGAGGAGGAGGAUGAUGAUGAAGCAAGCAAGUAUUAGGAGGACCUCCUAACCGGAGCCCUCCUGCGCAUUGCGGCUCUGCGACGGGCAAUUUUGCCAGACCUUUCCUCACGGUCUCUCUAGUACUGACAUUGUACUCUCGCCUCCUGGAUUUGGUGCUUGGAACAUUGGGGUUCUUUCUGCCUUAUUUUCUUUCUUCAUUUUUUUUUCUUUCUUACAACCGGCAUAGCGAGGCGCAUUGGACGGACGAUAUAGGCAUGGAGCAGCAUAUUUCUAUCUGUGAUUUACAUCCACUUCACCUGCAGAGCAUGGACGGGGUGUGUUCUCUUUUCAUGCAUGCAUGCAUAGAUAUAACAGCCAUCAUUCACUCUUCUAUCAUCAUCGAAUUUCAAAUGUCCAAAGG